AUGGCGCCGUCCAUUGAGCUCAAAUCGUACUGCAGCUUAUUUGACCCGAAUCAGACCCGCACGAAGCUGCCGCAGAUGCACUCGGGGUUGUUAUUUUGGCCACACCAAUCGUUCAUUGAUCCCGAGGAUAAGCAAGCUGUCAAGCUCAGGGGCAAAAUUAUCCCUGUCCGAGAUGUUUGCCAUGUCAUUUCAACAGGCUGGAAGCGCUGGAAGUUUAAUAAUAUCGACCCGAUUGCCAUUGCCGAUUAA